AUGGCGUCCGGCAGCAUCAGAGCGCCAGACCUGCGUGAGACGCUGGGCUCCGUCUUGCACUCAUUGCCUCCAGCAACAAUGGCCUCGCAGCCACCAGAGACUAUCCUCCCAUUCCUCUCCCCUAUUCUCAGACAAAGGCUGCAGCUCCUGUCGGCAGCUAGUUCAGACCCAUGGAUCCGUCUCUUAUGCUACGACGCAGCGAAUGCGGCCAGACUGGCCGAGAUUGCGCAGAGUGAUCGCCUAGAACCGCAUCCCGUCAGCGGGGAGGUCGAGGUCGAUUGGGACUAUGACGCCGAGAUUCGCUACCGGAGAUUAGACGAGGAGACCUUGCAGGCUCUUGCUGUGCUGCAGGAGAAGGAGCUUUCGUUCCGUCUUGUCUAUUGUACUGGCGAAGCGGACGGGUGGAAGGUUGGUGAAGUCAGCUGCGCUGAAGGCCCUUCGCCGUUUUCGUCAUUUGGAGGAGUGUCGAGUAUUGCAGAAGCCGAUCGGCAGUUCCAGGAGUCGCAGUCGAAGAAGAAGUCACUGGCGGUGCCACCGCAGAAAACCACUGUGAGCCAUGCCGACCAGCCAGAGGAUGACGAUGACGACGACGACUAUUGGGCAAGGUAUGAUGCCACGCCGGCCCGCACUCCAGCAGCCAACAUGUCACCUGCACCAGAGUCUACGCAGGGUAAGACUGCGAUGGGCGACGACGACGACUAUUAUGCCCAAUACGACUCGGUUCAGCCCGCAAUGGACCCGCACGACCCAGAUGAAGAGGCCAACUUGGGCGACGCGGCACCUCCGCCGCUGGGUCUCUCGUCAAGACCGACGCAUUCGGCGUUGAACGGCCGCCACGAGGAGGAGACCGAGCUCAACGAAACCAACGGUGCGUGGACGCUUGCCGAACCGCCUAGAUCACCGUCAGUCGGGUCCCGGGGCGGCGACGAUCCGAAGCUCGUCCAUCCUCGGCCGGAAUCUAGCGCCAGCUCGAACGCAUCAGUUGCAAAGCUCGAGGCGGCAGCUGAGAACUUCGGCGUUCAACAGCACAUCUCGAGGAGCAUCAAGAGCUUGUACAUGUUGUCGCGUGCAUCGGGCAUUGAACGCGCAGAGUUCGAACUGAUUGUCAAGCGAGAACUCGACAUGUUGGGGCUCAUGGAAGAUUGA